GCUAUGAAGUCUAAGUCCAACUGUGCUCAGAAUCCGAGCUGCAGCAUAAUGAUAUUUCGUCCAAGCAAAGAAGAGUUUAAUGAUUUUGACAAAUACAUUGCUUACAUGGAGUCCCAAGGGGCGCAUCGAGCUGGACUGGCCAAAGUCAUUCCGCCCAAAGAAUGGAGAGCCCGGCAGUCCUAUGAGGACGUCAGUGACAUGGUAAUCGGCACUCCCCUGCAGCAAGUGGUGUCUGGCCGGGCAGGUGUGUUCACCCAAUAUCACAAGAAGAAGAAAGCCAUGACAGUGGGACAGUACCGUGACCUGGCUAACAGCAAAAAAUACCGGACCCCACCACACCUGAAUUUUGAAGAUUUGGAGAGAAAAUACUGGAAGAAUCGCCUCUAUGAGUCACCAAUUUACGGUGCAGAUGUCAGCGGCUCCCUGUUUGAUGGGAAAACCCAAAACUGGAACGUGGGACACCUGGGAACAAUUCAGGACCUGUUAGAACAAGAAUGUGGCAUUGUGAUUGAGGGCGUCAACACGCCCUACCUGUACUUUGGCAUGUGGAAGACCACCUUCGCGUGGCAUACAGAGGACAUGGAUCUCUAUAGUAUCAACUACCUGCACUUUGGGCAGCCCAAGACGUGGUACGCGGUGCCCCCCGAGCAUGGCCGGCGCCUGGAGCACCUGGCCAGACAGCUGUUCCCGGGCAGCUCCCAGGGCUGCCAGGCCUUCAUGAGACACAAGGUGGCACUCAUCUCCCCCACUGUGCUCAAGGAGAAUGGCAUCCCCUUUGGACGCAUGACGCAGGAGGCUGGGGAGUUCAUGGUCACCUUUCCCUACGGCUAUCACGCUGGCUUCAACCAUGGCUUCAACUGCGCAGAGGCUAUCAAUUUUGCCACCCCGAGGUGGAUCGACUAUGGGAAGGUGGCGACGCAGUGCAGCUGUGGGGAGGCCAGGGUGAGCUUCUCCAUGGAUGUCUUUGUGCGGAUCCUGCAGCCUGACCGAUAUGAGCUGUGGAAACGUGGCCAAGAUCAGGCAGUUGUGGACCAUACAGAGACUGGUUCUGCCAGUCAGGAGCUUACCACCAGGCGGGUGACCCAAGCACCAAGAAAACCUCAGGGACAGAGGCACCUCCGGCUUCGCCAGGUCUCACACUCUCUUCUGCCUAUAGCCACUGGCAGUAAGAUUGCUUGCAGCUACAGGCAACUGUCAGAUGCCGCAGUUGGUGAGGCCCAGAAGCCUGAUCGAGCCCCUGUUCCACCACCUACCCCGUAUCCAUCUUCUCAUCACUACACGUCAACUGGAAGACGUGGUCUUGGUCGACGCCAUUGGGAACUAGGAGUGCAGGAGUCCACCAAUGAGGCUCCAGUCAAGAGGCGCCAGCCAGCAGGCAGAGCAGACACAGAGCUUCUGACACAGUCUAAGAAUGGAGCUUUGAUAGCCUGA